UUAUCCUGUAUAUUGAUAUUAAUCUAUCAGUGCCUUAAACAUGUGGGCGAAGUGCAGUAUCCUGUUGAUUGGUUAUUUCGUAUCGGGAUCAAUUGCGGGUGGAGUGUCAUUCAUCAAGCCAUGCAAGCCGAGAGACAGUGAAUGUUUAUUAAAUUCUGCAAAAAUCGCCAUGCCCCAUGUGGCCAAGGGCUUGGCCGAGUUUGGUACACCAAGUCUUGAUCCUCUUCACAUUAAUAAAGAAGUUAAAGCUGAUUCCGGAGAAUUGAAGAUUAGCUUCAAGAACAUUGUCGCCCAUGACCUGAGCAAAUGCGAUAUUAAGAAAAUAACACGAGAUCCCGUAAAAUCGACUGCAAGUCUGAUAUUCGUUUGUCCUCUCACUUUGGUGGGUGAAUACACGGCGGGUGGAAAACUAUUCUACUUAGACAUUUUUGGUAAUGGAGACUUUAAGAUCAAAGAUGGUACAAUUAAGAUUGCAAUUGACCUUAAAAUCAAAUCUUUUGAAGACAAAGCAGGAGUAAAGCACUACAAGAUCGGAAGCUUCGAUUAUGAAUUCGAACCAUUGACGCGUUUUGAUAUCAAGCUCAACAAUUUAUUCAACGGUGACAAGACACAAGCUGAUCCAAUCGACAAAAUUAUCAGUGAAAGUUGGAAAGAACUGAUUAUUGACGUCGGCAAACCAGUUUUGAGGGAAGGUGUAGUGACCAUAGUUGGUGCCAUUGAUAAAAUCUUCAAGGGCAUUGCUGCAGAAGAUAUUGAAAUCGCUGAAUGAAUUCACAAUUUUAAGGCGUAUUGAAUCAUUUAUAAAUUAGGCAAAAAUUGUUGUGACUG